AAGAGUGAACUUCCUGGGUGCUUGGCCGCUCCGAAGCCUCGGCUCCCCCAUGCUGUGGCCGGAGUGAAGGGCCGGCAAUGAGGGGAGAGACCAGCCCCGUGCCACGCUGGAGGGAGGCGGACUUGGAGGCGCGAUGCACCUACGUCGUGAAGGACCAGCCACCCGCCCGACCCCACCUCCCACGAACGCAGGCCUCCCUGGGCCGGACCCUGGCCUUCCCGCGCAGCCACGCCAGUGAGGUCUACGCCCCGGGGGCGCAGCUCCACCACGUCCUGGGCACCCGCGACCUGCGCUGCCAUGACUGGAUGCGCUAUAUCAACCCUGCCCUGGGCACCGCCGCCCAGAACCUGGUGGCCUGCCAGCAUGACCGGGACAUCUACUUCUACGCCCUGGCACCCAUCCCGCCCGGCGCCGAACGCCUCAUGUGGCCCGGCCGCGAGGUCGCCCAGCGCCUGCAGUGCCCGGCACUGGCUGCAAAGCUCGAGCCCCAGGGUGUGGGCACGCCCUGCCCAGAGCCAGGCUCGAAGAUGCCGGCAUCGGCGGGCACCCCAGACUGCCAAAGCCUCAGCACUAAGCACACAAAAGAGGAGGAGGAAGACGAGCGUACAGACGUCCAAGGGCUGGGCAGGGGCAUGGGAAGCCGAACAAUGGAGGUCUCCCGUGCCGUCUGGCCGUGGCCCCCGGGGCUCAGCUUGUCCCACGAUGCUGCUGGAGAGGCGUCUGGUUCUGCGUGCCAAAGAAACGGGAACGCCCUGAGCCAGCCGGGCCUCGGCCUCUGCCCCUGCAGCCUAGCUACCUCACCGCGCCCGGAGCUGCAGCGGCACCUCAGCGGCCUCUCCCCCUCCUGCCCGCUGUACUGGCCCCCCGGGUACCUCUAUGCCUGCAGCCCCAGCCUAGCCCACUGCCCCCGGGUGCUGCUGGUGCCUCACGCCUCGCCCUUCCCACCACUGCCCGCACUGAGCAGGGCAGGGGAAACCUCCCCCUUGGGGCUGCCUUCCCAGGGGUACGGCCAGGCCCUGCGGGAAGGCUUGGUCCCAUACCCCGGAGCCCACCGAACUGUCCCACCGCCGCCCCUCGGCAAACAGGACGACCCCCAGCUCCAGAAGCCGGGCUCCCUCGCCCUGGGCUCUGGCUCCGGGCUCCAGCCAUGCCUGCACCCCGGCGCGGACACUGCCCCCCGCUCCAAAGCACAGCCACAGAGACCUACCUCCCGGCUCGCCCUCCAGCUGGACGCCGUCAACCUCAGCAUGCCAAAGACCCCCCGGCCCGGGGCCUUGCCCCCGAAGAAGCAGAGCAGCAGGCCCAAAUACGAGUGCAACAUCUGUGCCAAGACCUUCGGACAGCUCUCCAACCUCAAGGUCCACCUGCGUGUGCACAGCGGGGAAAGACCUUUCCAGUGCCCCGUCUGCAAGAAGCGCUUCACGCAGCUGGCUCACCUGCAGAAGCACCGGCUGGUCCACACUGGCGAGAAGCCCCACGAGUGCCUGGUCUGCCACAAGCGCUUCAGCAGCACCAGCAACCUCAAAACACACCUGCGGCUGCACUCGGCUUGUUACACCCACCUCCCUGAUGCCCCCGUGCUGUUGACCCGAGCACCCCUCCUCGUCCCCUUCACGUGGGCCACCGAGAUUCCCUGUAGCAAAUCCGCCUUCAAGGGCAGGAACCGGCUCCGUCAGCACAGUGCUCGCUUGCACCCAGGACACUGGCAGGAAGCUUUGCCAGGCUCCAGCCUCUCACCCAAAGCCAGCCCUCCUGCCCCUGCCCCUGCCCCUGCCCCAACCGGGGGCUGUUGUUCCAAUGCUCUGAUUUAAUAAAACCUUCC